GCCGCGCAUGUGCAGAGCCCAGGCGGAAAACAUGAAGCCAUGGGAGGACUGGCAGGUUGAGGGCGCUUUAGCUACGAAGAGCCGCGGCGGCCGGGAGGCGCGUGCGCACGGCGCCCAAGAAGACUCAAGAAUGAACAAUCCGUCAGAAACAAGUAAACCAUCUAUGGAGAGUGGAGAUGGCAACGCAGGCACACAAACCAAUGGUCUGGACUUUCAGAAGCAGCCUGUGCCCGUCGGAGGGGCAAUCUCCACGGCCCAGGCCCAGGCUUUCCUCGGACAUCUCCAUCAGGUCCAGCUCGCGGGAACAGGCUUGCAGGCUGCUGCUCAGUCUUUAAAUGUACAGUCGAAGUCUAAUGAAGAAUCGGGGGAUUCACAGCAGCCCAGCCAGCCUACCCAGCAGCCUUCAGUGCAGGCGGCCAUCCCCCAGACCCAGCUUAUGCUGGCUGGAGGACAGAUAACUGGGCUCGCGCUCACGCCCGCCCAGCAGCAGCUCCUGCUCCAGCAGGCGCAGGCGCAGGCGCAGCUGCUGGCGGCCGCCGUGCAGCAGCACUCGGCCGGCCAGCAGCACGGCGCCGCCGGGGCCGCCAUCUCCGCCUCCGCCGCCACGCCCAUGACGCAGAUCCCGCUGUCGCAGCCCAUUCAGAUCGCGCAGGAUCUGCAGCAGCUGCAGCAUCUUCAGCAGCAGAACCUGAACCUGCAGCAGUUCGUGCUGGUGCACCCGACUGCCAGCCUGCAGCCCGCACAGUUCAUCAUCUCGCAGCCGCCGCAGGGCCAGCAGGGUCUCCUGCAAGCGCAAAAUCUUUUAACGCAACUACCUCAGCAAAGCCAAGCCAGCCUCCUCCAGCCACAGCCAAGCAUCACCCUCACCUCCCAGCCAGCAACCCCGACGCGCACGAUAGCAGCAACCCCAAUUCAGACACUUCCACAGAGCCAGUCAGCACCAAAGCGAAUUGAUACUCCCAGCUUGGAGGAGCCCAGUGACCUUGAGGAGCUUGAGCAGUUUGCCAAGACCUUCAAACAAAGACGAAUCAAACUUGGAUUCACUCAGGGCGAUGUUGGGCUCGCUAUGGGUAAACUGUAUGGAAAUGACUUCAGCCAAACGACCAUCUCUCGCUUUGAAGCCUUGAACCUCAGCUUUAAGAACAUGUGCAAAUUAAAGCCACUUUUGGAGAAGUGGCUAAAUGAUGCAGAGAACCUCUCGUCCGAUUCGGCCAUCUCCAGCCCCAGUGCCCUGAAUUCUGCAGGGAUGGUAAUGGAGGGCUUGAACCGCAGGAGGAAGAAGCGCACCAGCAUAGAGACCAACAUCCGUGUGGCCUUAGAGAAGAGUUUCUUGGAGAAUCAAAAGCCUACCUCGGAAGAGAUCACCAUGAUUGCUGAUCAGCUCAGUAUGGAAAAGGAGGUGAUUCGUGUUUGGUUUUGUAACCGCCGCCAGAAAGAGAAGAGAAUCAACCCGCCAAGCAGUGGUGGGACCAGCAGCUCGCCUAUCAAAGCAAUUUUCCCCAGCCCAGCCUCACUGGUGGCAACCACGCCGAGCCUUGUGGCGAGCAGUGCCGCGCCCACCCUGACGGUCAACCCGGUCCUCCCGCUGAGCAGCGCCGCGGCCACUAACCUCUCGGUUCCAGGCACUACAGACACCACGUCCAGCUGCACGGCCACCGUGAUUUCCACAGCGCCUCCGGCCGCCCCAGCCACAUCCCCCUCGCUGAGUCCCUCCCCGUCUGCCUCGGCCUCCACUAGUGAGGCAUCUAGUGCCAGUGAGACCAGCACAACACAGACCACCUCUGCACCCUUGUCCUCGCCUCUCGGGCCCAGCCAGGUGAUGGUGACAGCACCGGGGCUGCAGACAGCCGCGGCUGCCGCCCUGCAAGGUGCCGCUCAGUUGCCAGCAAAUGCCAGUCUUGCUGCCAUGGCUGCUGCUGCGGGACUGAACCCAGGCCUGAUGGCGUCCUCACAGUUUGCAGCUGGGGGUGCCUUACUCAGCCUCAACCCCGGGCCCCUUGGCAGCGCCCUCAGCCCGGCCCUGAUGAGCAACAGUACACUGGCGACUAUUCAAGGAUUGCUUCAUGGAUUGGAGAACUUUCUAACCAAAAAUUUUAAAAAAAAAGGAACAAAAAAAUCAAAAACAAACAUAAAAAAGCGAAAGGACUACUUAUCAUUUCCAGCAGUCAGGAUGACAAGUCAAGGUGGGUUACCAACUUCAGUAUAGGAAGGGGGUUUCUUGUUUGUCUAAAUUUCUUUUCUUCUUAAGAAAAUCAUUUCUAUGGGUCUGUUGUACAGGCCAUUAAGUCAUAACAAGGUGUUUAUAAUCGUAUCAAUUGCGUUGGGGGUUCCUUUCUAACUGGUACAAUGUAGGCAGGCCUGUAUUACUGUAUCUCUGUUAUUAUGGUGGUUGUUACUGUUUUUUUUAUAUAUAUAUAUAUAUAGUUUGGACAUGUUUAUCUCUUGCUCCUGGAUCCUGUUUCAGUGAGCUCCCACACUGUGGGGAGGGAGGGUUUGGGCUAAGGGGGACUUAGGUUCUUAACUGCGGGGAAUGUUCUUGCUGGUUCCUUACCCUUGGUGACUCUUACAGAGGUGCUAGAAAAUUAUUUUCUUUGGCCACUUAUGCAAGAGGCUCGGUGCAGAAGCUGAAGGCAGUGUGUGCGCAUGCCCGCACUGCACGCGCGCCCCGCCCCGUCAGGUGGUGCCUUUGGAGCACUUUUGCGUAGGAAGGAAUUCCUGCUGAACCGCAGCGCUCGCUCCCCCCGAAUCACUGAGGACCCGCGGCCCAGCCCCUGCUGCGUUCGGGGGGAUGCUGGGCGCGUCGCAGGGCAGGAUUGGGUUCCGAAGAGCAAAGACUACUGCUGACACCUGACUUGGUGGUUCUCCUGACUUCUUAUCUCCUGAAAAAUGCUCCUACUGUUGGUGUGUGUGUUUAUUUUUUCCACUUUGUGGAGGUUUUUCAUCCCAACUUCCUUUGACUUGGCAAAGAACAGAUUGAUUAUUGAAACUGGGAAAACUUUUCCCCUCUUUAGUUUUCUCAUGGAGCUCUGCUGCGUUGCCCCUGCACGGGUACCACCGGAGGAGGGUCUGAGGCCGCCGCCUUCUUCCCUGGCCACAGACUUCCUCUCCCCGGGCGGCUUACAAGGUCCCGACCCUGAGCCCCGCGCUGCUCUCUGACCAGAGGGCGCUUGCCAGCUGGGCGCGGGGCCCGCAGCGCCCCUGAGGGCCUGCGGGCAGGAGUCUGUUCGCGGUGCUCCCACUGGGGCCAUCUGAGUGGUAUUUGUGUUCAGGGUGUUUCUAGACUAUGGAAAUGAGCCCAUGGAAAGCAGAUGAGUUGGUGAAAGUAGAUGAAGAGGAAUGAGGAUAACUUGGAAAUUAGAUUCCCCUUUUUGUCAGGGUACUAUCCUUAUAGUAUGAAUCUGUACCAAAACCCCCCCCAAAGACCGGGUCAGCACAGCUCCCUGAGCCGCCUCUCAUGGGAGUGCCGGCUCCCGCCGGGGGCUGGGGCGCCUGCUGACGUCUCUAGUGGUCCCCCUUCGGAGCUGGGGACUGAGUCACAGAUCAUCGUCGUUCUCGUUGUCUGCUGUGUCUGCGAGGGGGCUUGGGGUCCAGGGUCUGCCUCUCCACCCGCGGUGUCAGGAAGACAGGGACAUAGAUACAGUGCGUAUUUUUGCUCGUGACCCUCCAAGUAGGAGGCAGGCACAUGAUAUUAAGGGCCCGAGACAUUUUAGUCCCCCGGUUGAUUUUUCUUUUGUUCUUCUGUCUUCCCAUUUUAUUUCACAAAAUAUUUAAUUACCACCCUAAAUUUCCUCUCGUCACCCUUCACCUUCCCUAAAAUGCCUCCAAAAUCAGUGAACUGCAAGCAGGGAAACUAACAAAUGUCCAUCCACCUUUUCUAUGUGUGGUGUGUUUUUAAUGUUUUUUGUUUAACUAAGCUUGAACCAAAGUCAAUUUUUUAGCAAGCUGCUGUACUAAUGGACUAGUUUUUAACGUGCAGUUCAGACACAUUGAGAUAGAUGCUACUGACAAUUUCUUUUUUCAUUUGUCUUUAUUAAUUUUAUAUAAAAGUUGCUGCUUGUUUUUAAUCUUUUAUGUUGGUAAAUUUUAAUAUCCUCUGGGCAGACAUUAACUUGAUUUUUAGGUAGUUUAUUUCGUUUGGUGUGUAACUAGAAUGGCAGUGUCAGUUACUAAUUUUCCUUCUCUCCAUCCAGCUAUUUUUCUGGUGUAGUCAAGUUUAAUCUCUUCUCCUGCCCUGACAUCUCUAACUUUGGUCUGUGCAAGUGAUACUAGGGCCAUGGACAGUGCCGUAGCUGCCCCUGGGAGCGAGCCCUCCCUUGGGGGUGCUGAGCUAGGAGGAAGGGUUCAGGGGGGGAGUGCUGAUGCCCACCGUACUGGGUUAGAGGUUGACGGCAUUGAUUUCCCCAGAUUUCUACCAAAGCAAGUGUUCAGUCCAGGGACCCCAGCCCAGUGGAUUAUGAAAAGGGCCAAGAAAAGGCUAUCUUGUUUCUUUGUUUGCCUGUGUGAUUGAAAAGAUGUUCCCCUCUCCCAAAUGAGAAUUCACAGACUUUAAUAGUUAAAGGAUAGUAAGCUUUAAAUGUCAAUGCGACGGUCUUCUGUUUCCUGCCCCGUCUGUUUUCUCUAGUCAGUUUGGGAUAAGGAGAUGCUGCCUUUGUGUGUGUGUAAGAUCACUUGGUGAGGGUUAAACCUUAAACCAGCACAAAAAUCUGUGUCCAAAAGAAGAAAUAAAUCCUUAGACAAAGGUAACUUUAAACAUUUUUCUCUUCUCUUACUUAAAAACAAAUUGUGAAAUGGAAGGUACAUUUGUACAUGUACAACGUGAAACACUAAAACAGCUGUUGGUAGGUGUUUGGGUUAAAAUCCGCUCCCCAGCUACACCCCUAGACAGUCUGCUGGUCACACUGCCUCAUGGCCCAACCUUACACCUUACUCCAUAUCACUUUUUUUAUCAUCUCAAGAAAUGCUUUUUGAAUGGAAUGAGUUGCCUAAGCUCGGGUUCUCAGGCAUGACUUUCAGCCACCUUAUAUGGGAGAGGCUGGGAUCAAGGGGGCAUAUGACCAGAGAGGCUUUGGCAGAGUCCCCACAUUUCUAGGCAGAAGGGCCGAUAGGCAUCACAAUUCACUGUCGUUCUUCCCCCCCCAUAAUGUCUGUGCAAGUUUUCUCUUACCCCUGCACUUGGUUAACUCGUGUUAAGCCAAAGACUGAUUCUGGAUGAGUGUGGUACUGUGUCUGCCCGUGGUGACCUCCCUGGGGGCUGGGGAGUGGACUUGUCUGAACCCUGCUUGUUAUAAGCAGGCAGUUUGGUGGUGAACUUUAUUUAUACCCUGAAUAAAUCUGAAGGACAGAGCAGAAAUACCUUGAAAAGGACUUCUCAUAGGAACAGCAUCACUGUUUCUGAUUUAGGAAAUAGGUUUAGUGCUGCAUUAGCUUCAAUGUUUCUGAAGUUAUAUAGGCAGCUUUUUAGAAUUAAAACAAGUUCAUAUCCAUUACCUGAUACAAUACACAAUUCCUUUUAUUUAUUUCUGAUAAGGAUCAGUACUUCCCAAUUUACUUACUACUCAAGAAAUGGAACCAAAGGAAUCCAACUUUUGUUGGCCACACCUGUUUGUAUUUCAUGGCAGUACUAUUAGAAACUAGGAUUUUUUUUUAAAGGAAAAUAAGAUGAAAGAUUUUUAGUGAGAUUCUCUUGCCAAUUUGUUCUACAUAAUUAAUUGUUGGGGGAAAAGCACAAUUAUACCUCUAUUUUAUGUUAUUUUGUCCUUUUCUUCAUUUAUUUGGGAAAGUGGGCAAAACUCUUUCUAUAUUAUUCAGAAGCACAGCUAUUUGCUUGACACAAUAUUUAAAUUCAGCGCAAUCUUUAACAUUAAAUUUUCUAUUUAAAUUGCUGGGAAAGCUGGAUACAUUUGCAAAUAGAGGAAAUUAAUGCAAAACUUAUAAAACCCAGUAAUAAACAUUGCAGUUAGUGAUAAUAAACACUUGGCUUACAGAAGACAGACACUCUUUGUAGUUCAUAGUGUACACUUGUUCUCAAAACAUGUCGUCCUCACAAAAUUUCUUUACCAAGAGAAAAGUAAAAUCAUGGAGCUAGGAAGACAGAAGUGCUGACAGGAAGAAGUCAGCGGCCGCCCGGAAGCAGCAGGGCCCCCCAAGGUCAGGCUGCAGUCUGAGGGCCCCAGUUAAAGAAGAGCCUUCAACAGUUCAUUACAAGAGUUUGGUCAAAUGUUUUUACUAAAUCAACUCCAAAAAUUGGUGAAUUUAAAGUUUGUUUAUCCUUCAAAGCAUGUUCAUUGGACCUGAAAAUGUUAAAAGACCAUCAAUACUAAUGGAGAAAAAGACUAAAGACCUGAAAUUUAAAAUUACUCAAAUGGGCAAGAAUUAAUGGAUCAAUUCGAUGCUAACCCAUAUGAGUUCAUUUGUAUGUCUGUGUGCUUGAAAAGCAUUUAAUAUGUGGCAGUGUUCGUGUAAUCAUAGCCCUGGCCAUUUUGAAGUCAUUUUCAGUCUUCAGAUAUUUUGAGGGCAACAUUUUAUAAACAGUAAAUCUUUCUUAGCAUUUACCUUCAUUUUUGAGAAGGAAAAAAAACCCUGCUUUGCUAUUCCUUUAAGAAGAACUAAGAUCAGCUAUUACACAGGUUUGCAUAGAUGGCACACACAGUACAAACAUGAACUUGGACAGAAAUAGGACAUAUAAAUAGUUCCAUUGUUAAAGGCCCCUGCUAAUACUAUCUGGCACAUUCUUUUCUUAAUCCAAAGAGAGUAAGUGGGGGGACACCCCUGAUAUUUCCAGUAAGAUACUUGAAAAGAUUCAAGCAGGAGGCAGGGAAUAGUUUUUUCUCAGUCAGUUCCAUUUCACACCCGUGUUUCCAUACAGUUUGUGAACUGUUGCUUUCUUUCAAUCAUCCUUAGUUGUGAAGCAGUUCCUUGUUUUGGCCCUUCUCUUGGCCUUUGCUAAAAGCGGUGAGCUUGAGUGAGUCUUCUGUCGGAUCCUGAAAUCUGGAUCCCCUUCCCUCCCUUCUUUUCUUUUCUCUCUGAAUGGUGACACCUUAGUUCAUGAGGAUGAUGCUGGUGGGUAACAGCUAGCUUCUGACACCUUCAUAAAAUACCUCAGCAUAGCUUAGCAUUGUUGCAGAACUGGUUUAAAACUGAAAACCAAAUAAAUGAAAGAAAAUAACUUUAUAAAUAGUGAAAAUAAUUCUAGCUGUAGCAUUUAGUUGAACUGAUGUUUAUUAUGAUUGAUAAAACAUGAUUGAUGCUGUAUGUAUUUGGGAUCCUGUUUAUAGGUUACAGUUUAUAGGGUUGGGGAGGGCUGGGGUGGGGGAAGAGGAGGUGUUAAUUAUGUUAGAAGGAAAACGUUGCUUUGCUCGUGCGUGUCUGUUGGUUUUUCCUUAUCUGUCUUGCCAAAGGGAACUUAACCAUCCCUGGGACAGUUUGCCCGUGGCCUGCCUGUGGUCUCACCUGCACUGCAGUGUGGUGGCGGCAGGUCACACGGGCUGGCUGUGCUGUGCGUUAGGUUCAGGGUCUCCUGGGGCGCUUGCAUCCCGUCCUGGGGCGCUUGCAUCCCGUCCUGUGGCUGCCCCGCCCCCCAGGCCCUGCCGGCUGUCCUAGGGAUUCAUUACCUCUGUAUGUAGCAAGGGCUUAGGCUGCGGAUGAAUGUGGGACUGUGUGGGCGUGUGGCCGACAAACAGGCAGGAGGAGACCUGCGCCGCUGGGGAGGUGAGUGGCACUGCAUCUUAAUCCAGGACGACUAAAGCAGGGGGGGCUCCUGGCGCCGCCCCGGCCACGUCGUUGGAGGUGCGGGUGGCACGGCCACGCUUUGAGACCUUACUUCCUUUUUUCAUGCCAAGGCUGGUUCUGUCUAGACCAGAAAUGCAAACAGCAAAACCAAACCAAGUUGAAAGCCAGCCUGCUUGCUUCACGCCUGUGACCAGGUGUGACCUGUAGGGAUUGGUUGGCUGCUGAGACUGAGGAGAGGGUGGUUCUGGGUGGGAGUGUGAGCGCCAGGGGAUGCCGGCGUGGGGACGGUUAAGCGCCCGUGGCCCCACCACACUGUCUUGGCUCCCCAAGUUCAGGUACAGGCCAAUCCAGCACGGCUGUCUUUGAAUAAACGACCCAUCUCACAGCACUAAGUGGGAUUUGGUUGGAAUAACUGUGUCAUUGUUCACCCUGACGUCUUGAAGACAGGCGGAGGGAGAGGGAGCAAACAGUUGCUGGGGUUUGGAAGAGCCUCCCUUUGUCUCUCUCCCUUCUCCGCUGCCCCCUCCCCACUUUUUGAAGGAAGUCUUGGCUGACCUGCUUGGCAAAGAGAUGCGUGCAGUUUCCCUCCGCCGGCUCUGGGGGCGGCAGGCAGGCUGGUGUAGCAGAGAUGGUCUUGGGAUUGCUGGGAAACGGGGAGGGCAAAGAUGGGGUAGAAUUCUUUCUUUUAUUUCCCUUUAUUAACACUUACAAUGGAACCAGUAUGGCCUGUUUGAGCUCAGAUGAUGUUAGAUGUGCCGUCUCUGUUCUGUCACUCAGGAAGGCGAAGUGUCUUCCAGAGCACGAUUCCUUGGAAAACCGAGGCCUUCCGUCAUCCUCCCCUGGAACUGUAUUGUUCCAGAAUGUUUUUAUACACAGGCUCUAGGGAGCUGCGUAGUUUGUUUUGGUGUAGUAUUGUUAGGACACAGAAAAAGAGAGGGAAGAGAAAUGUGUUGCUCUCUUGAAAUUCCAUCAAAAAAUGAUCAGGUUGCAGAAGUUCAUGAAAGCUUUACUAAUAAUCUCACUGUUCUGAUCUUAUGUACAAGUGGUGUUAAUAUUGUGUGACUCUUCGAAGCGCUAGGUAGGUUUGUAAGUAGGUAAUAGGGAUACCAGAGAUGAGAGCACUUGGAACAGGUUAUGGGAAAGCGAGGUGUGCACGACGGAACCCCACUUGGAGCACAGAAGGGAAAUCCCGGGGCUGGGCGGGCAGGUGCAGCUUGCAGUUCUGUGUCACCGAUCUGCCCACGCUGCACGGGGCCCAGCCACCCAGGACCACCUCCGGGUUCAAACCCCAAAACGAAUUUACUGUAAGAAAACAAGGUCUGCGGCGAAGUUCCCUGUGUUCUCUUUGUUUACUUGUUCAUCGCUGUUUUGAAUCAGCCACAGCCUCACAGAGGCGGCUUCCGGCUUCUCCCCUGACCAGGCAGCAGCACUGCGUUCUCCACCGUCAUAUCCCGGGUCUGCAGGCAGACAGCUGGAUACAGUGCUGUUGAAAAUGACACCUCUAAAUACUCCCUUAAAAAUGGGGAUCUCCUUCAAAUGAAAAAAGACAGAGCCAAGUAGGGAAAAGACUGUGCUCCCCCCACCCCCCAAGCUCUCACAGUGUCUCAAAGUCUGAAGAGUAAAGCAGGAAAUGAAAUGCACUUUCAGAAGCUAAAGUGACAGCUGUGUUAGGAGAGGCUGUGGCCCGAGGCGGGGAGGGCCCCAUGCCCUUGGUCCCAGGGCUGCACGUCUGCAGAAGGCACAUACUUUUUUCUAAGAGGAGAGCAGACCGAGGCCGGCCUGGCUGUGUUUAAACCCGCGAGGAGUUGGGAGGGGGAAGAAAGGAGGGAGGCCAGGCCUGGAACCACACUGGCUCUGGCUCCUGCCGCCCCCCCACCCCAGCUGCCGGGCCUCCCCGAGGCCAGCGGCGGGCAGGGCAGACGCCCCCCAGCUCCGCGCCUCUGCCCGAGUGGGCAUGUGGGUCCGCUCUGCCCACAGGCGGUCCCUCCCAGGAAAGCCCUCCUCCCCGGGAGACCAGGGUCGGUCCCCCUCCGCGGUAGUAGCGAAGCCUAGGUGAGUAAGCGUGGGCUGCCGCCCACCACGUCCAGGAGCUGUCUAUACCUCAUGUCUAACUCGUGACUGGGUACCUUGCUGUAACUUUCUCUAAACCCGACAGAGUUGCCAAGCCCGCCCCCCGCUCAGCCAUGCUGAGCUCUGGCCUAUAGCAUCAGGGGACCUGUAGCCUAGGGUGGGACCCCCGAACGCCUCUGAAUGUCGCUGCUGAAAAGCUACUGCAAACCAAGGGCAAAUUGCAAUCUCCGAUUCCUUCUUUGCGCGGGGCCUUCUCAGGCCACCUGCCGCCCGCCUCCCCGGCCUCCGCCCGCGGGGGCCGCCGCCCACGCCCUGUUCCUGACGCUGGCCGCAGGUCUCUGGGCACUGCCUCAUCUCCGCCGAGGCCUCAGGGUUCUGCUUAUUUUCAGGACUUUGGGUGGAAAGGAAAAGACACCAAAGGCUCCUUUACGCUGACUGCUGCAUAUACAUUUCACUUUUUUUCCUUUGACAUGACCAAAAAAAAAAAAAUCCAAAUAUUUAAGUUUUUAUUAUUAUUAUUAUUAUUAUUAUUAUUAUUUGACAAUCUUGUGUCCAGUGGGCUCUCCGGAAGCUGCAUCCCCAGCCCUUUCGCCUUUCCUUUGAAUGUAGUUCCCAGCCUUCAAUUCCCACCCCCAGUGUUAGAAGGAAAAGCUUUGCCAGGUCUAAAUACUGCUGCUAUAAGCCAGGGUAGGGGGGUUUCUUUGUUUUGUUUUGUUUUUUAAAUUUCCAGCCAAAACCAAAGAUUUCUUAAUGAUUGUAUAAACUCAAAACAAACAAAAAAACCAAAGAAAAGGGGAGUCUUCAGCAUCAAUCCGGUCUGUGGCGUCCUGGCGUUUAGAGGAGUGGGGCGGGGCGGGUAGGGGCCUCUGACCUACCAAAAGGGCAGGGGGCUCCUGCGCCCCUUCCGGACUUUGCAGGGGUGCGCACCCAGGCGCUGUGGCUCUUGCCCACAUGGGAACGUGCCCUGGAACAAAUUGGCAUUUGCAGUUUUGCAGGACCGCAUCACCACGUUAACGCACGCAACCAGCACGGUCUGUGCGGGGCCUAGGAGGGUGGGGUCUGCACGGUGCCCGCGACUCCACAGAGUGGGGGAAGUUGAAGACCCGGGGCUGGCUGCUCUGCUGGGUGCUCCACCUCCGGGCCGGGGCGGAGAGCGCUCGCCCGCGUGCCCGUCUGAGCCUUCUUUCUCUUUCCCUUUACUGGAACUGCUUGGAAGUGGCUGUCCUGUUUGUGUGAAAACACAGAACGAUUAUCAAGCUUUUCGUUUCUCCCGUAGUCUGUUUCCUUCUGGCAGCACCGCCGUGCAACUAUGCAUUCGUGUUUCACAACCUUUUGUGCUCGGUAGAUGCCUGGGGCUUUUUAACUCGGGGGUGGGGGGAUUGCGAAUAAAGGGACUUUUUACAUGGAUCUUUUUAAUCUCAGUUGAUUGGGGAGGUGGGAGGUAUUUGGUUCUAGGGUCAUACAAGCUCUAUCCCAAAGCAAAAUCCAAAUGUUAAUAAUAUUAGCCUGAUGCAGAUACCAAAGAUAAUUUCUUUCCUGCAGAACCUUAGACUUGUGUAUUAAGUACGAUUACCCAGCACUUGCAUUAGUCUAACCUCAGUAAUUCCAAAGCUUAGAUGUAUAUUUUGGUAUAUUUCUGGGAUAUUAAAAAAAAUGUCAUUUAACUUCUUGUUCGUUACAGUGUAAUGCUCUUAAAGUCAUAGCAUGAAAAUAACUGAACUGUCCUAUUCUUAGUAGUUUGAAAUAUAGUAUUUUUGUAUGUUUUGGGUGUGUGUCUAUGUAUGUAUUAACAUAACAAUUUUCACUGCCUAGGUGUUCCUAAUAAAAAAGAAAAUGAAAAAGUUCCGAGUGUACAUAAUAUUCAGUAAUAAACUUCCACCAGGUUCAGUUUCGGUUGCAUAUUUGCUGAUUACCAUUCCCAGGUGGGAUUUGGUUUUGUUUUAAAUAGACAGUGAUCCUAUUUUUCUGAAGAUGUUUUCUUUUUCUCUGUCUUUAAAUAUCUUAAUUCCUCCUACCUUUUUCUUCUCUUGCCUUUCUUUCUUUUUUUAAAUAUUGAUUCAGGGGUGUUUUUCCACUGUUGUCAAGGGAGGGACAGAAGGGGUAUUGGCCCCUUGGCCUCCCAAAACUUUUUUGUUUUAUGAACUUUAAAAUGUGAGUUUGAGUUCUCUUUUGUGGAAACUUAAGAUGUGGUGUAAAUGAUUCUUUCCAAAUUGCCCAACAGCUUUAAUGAGGCAGUGACAAUUGGUAGGUAUUUUUUGGGAGUCCUUUUACGUUUCUCCUUGGAUGGCACUGAGAACUGGGUGGCUAUUUUGUAGCCUCACUGCCCUGGAGCGCCUGGUUAGCCAUUUCCCCUCUGAUAGAUAUUUUGUAUUUCAUAAGAAUCAGCUGACAACUUGGAUGGAGUUCAGGACCUUGUUAUCUGGGUCCCUGGGAAACACAUUUUCUUGGCUUUGAAAGCCCAAAACACAAGCAGUUUUGCGUUGUGGGGAAAUUAGCUGACACCUCCCGAGGCCAGAGGUGGUGGGGAGUAUGGUGCUGCCUCUUGAACAGCGCCCUGGCCGGGGUCCCCUCCUAGGGCUGCCUGCAGGGGCCGGGCUUUGGGGAGGCGAGUAGGUGACCCCGAAUCAGAAUGAAAUGGUAGGUUUUGUGUAGAUGCAUUUGUCUGCUGUAAUUUUAUAUAUAUUAAACUAACUGUAACUGUAUAGUUCAUUUCUGUUGUAAAACAUCAUUAAACCAUUUUCCAAGUGUU